CUUGGGCUGAUUGGAUGCAAACAAAGUAGUCACACGGACGAGCCUCGUUCGUUCGUUCGUACGUUCGAAACCUGACAACGAGCCAUGAACCGACCAGGCUUGGGCGGGACUUCCCCCACGAGUUUCUCCUCCGGCGCGCCGGGAAACGGAUGCGCCCCCGCGGAGCUGAGCGACAUGGACAAGGACAAUCUGAGGUUCGAACUUGCCAAGAUGGAAGAGGAAAUUCAUACCCUCAGGGAGGUUCUGCUGACCAAGGAGCGGGACGCUGCGGAUAUCAGGAGGCAACUGGGUCUGGGCCCUCUCACCAACCUCAAAGAGAACCUGUCCAAAGGCUGGCAGGAAGUGCAGACUUCUUCCCCGUACCUCACGGCCUCGGCGGUCCUGGACGACAUCAACCAGUCCAGCGUAUGCGUGAGGACCAAGGAAGGUCUGGCCCAUGCGGGUCACGUGACCUCCUCCGCGUUGUCCAACGUGGGCGUGGCCAUCACCAGGAGGCUGGCCCAGAUGAGAGCCCUGCCUCUCCCGAGCCCACCGCGCACGCUGAGCCACACCGUGAGCGUGCCAUCCAUGAGACACUCCUCCACGUUCAAGUCUUUUGAGGAAAUGGUGGGCGGUGCGAAGAAGAGAAGAUGACUGGCAGUCCGGGACAUCCUGCUUCGAAAGAACACCCCCCCCCCAUCCCCCCGUUUUUCAUUUAUUUGGUUUGCCCGCGAAAUGUAAUCGGCCGCCAACGGUACCCUCAAAAAAAGAAAAGAUUUCAAAUGUUUAAUUUCAAGUGUCAUUGAAUGCAUCCCUGCUUUAUUUGCAUUUUGUUUUCUUCCCGUCUCCCAUGUGAAGUGAAUCACGGAAUUUCAGAACACGACACUAUAUUUUAUAAAUAAUAGAUGAGAAAGAUGACGGCUAUCUCUUGUUGGGUUUUUUUUUUUAUAUAACUCUUUACAACCACGAUAUGCAACAAAAUGAUAAUUAUUCGUAUCUUGUUAUAAUAGAAAAGAAGAGAAUAAUCUUUUGCUGUCCAGCAAGGUGUCUUUUUUUUUUUUUUAAUAAUUACUCUUUGAUUUGUUUUCCUCAUUCUUCCCUCCAUCCAUCCAUUUCGUGGCCCUGCUUAUCCUCAUGAUGGUUACAGGUGAGCUAGACAUUAACCAAGCUUAGUAUUUUGAUUAG